UCUUGAUCAACUUCCAACUUAAACUGUCGAGAUGGCGUGCCCCCUGGACCAAGCUAUUGCCCUCCUGGUUGCUGUUUUUCACAAGUAUUCUUGCAAAGAAGGUGACAAGAACAGCCUGAACAGGAAGGAGUUGAAGGAACUGAUCCAGAAGGACUUGACCAUGGGAUCACACUUGAAUGAUACCGAGAUUAAAGGACUGAUAGAUGAUCUCGAUCGCAACAAAGACCAGGAGGUGAACUUCCAGGAAUAUGUGACCUUCCUUGGUGCCUUGGCAAUGAUUUACAAUGAAGCAUUGAAGGGUUAA